AUGAGUUUUGGAGACAAAAUCCCAGCUGAUAUCCGAUUACUGAAGAUCUACUCGACCACGAUACGAAUUGACCAGUCAAUUCUGACCGGAGAAUCCGUGUCAGUUAUCAAGCACACUGAAACCGUGCCUGAUCCACGCGCCGUGAACCAAGAUAAGAAGAAUUGUUUGUUCUCGGGUACAAAUGUGGCUUCUGGAAAGGCUCGCGGUAUUGUAUUUGGUACUGGACUGGGCACUGAAAUUGGUAAAAUCCGAACAGAAAUGGCUGAAACCGAGAGCGAUAAGACGCCACUUCAGCAGAAGCUUGACGAGUUCGGUGAACAGCUGUCUAAAAUUGCUGUUGCGCUGGCUGUCGCCGCUAUUCCCGAAGGUUUACCUGCAGUCAUCACCACUUGCCUUGCUUUGGGAACCCGAAGAAUGGCGAAGAAGAAUGCUAUUGUCCGAUCACUGCCCUCUGUUGAAACAUUGGGUUGUACUUCUGUGAUCUGUUCUGAUAAGACCGGUACUCUAACCACUAAUCAAAUGUCUGUGUCAAAAAUGUUCAUUAUCGAUUCGGCAUCCGGUGAUAAUUGCAACUUUAAUGAAUUCACUAUUUCUGGAUCAACUUAUGAACCUUCUGGUAAAGUCUUCUUCAACAACAAAGAGAUCAAUUGCGCUAGUGGAGAUUUCGAUGCUCUAACUGAAUUGGCUACAAUUUGCGCAAUGUGCAACGAUUCAGCAGUUGACUACAACGAUACAAAGAAAGUUUACGAAAAGGUAAAUCUAUAA